GUACUAAAAAAUCUUGUGGUUUUUAUUACCUCUUCACUAACCUCUUUAUCUCCUUGCUGUUCAUCUCUUAUUACUCUUAUUUUAACUCCCAGUGUGCAGGAUGGUUCGUGUCAUCUCUGUCCACCACUUCACACGGCAGGAUGUUGCAGGGUUGGAACACUCUGGUGGCCGAGGGGUCACCAGGGGCAAGGGGGACAUACUGCUCGUUGGGGGAGAACACAGUGUUGAUAUUCGUGACCUGAAGAUGGGAGGAAUCCUUAACGGCAGCUUCCCGACGGUGGACCUCGUUCAACAGCUGGUGUAUUGUGAGACGGGGAACUUUGUGGUGACUCUAGAGACCAAGCCGGCAAGACACGGAGGAGAUCACAGAUAUGUUCGUGUUUACCUUCACUGGGAUCAAGAUAACACCAACCAACCAAUGAGGGCGCGAAUUGCAGGACGUGUCACCCCUAGCAGCCAAUCGGGCGUCGCUAACUUGGAAAUGGUAGAAAUUCCUCUACGAAAACCUGCUGAAUUUAUUUCCUGUUGUCAGUCUACCGGGAAUAUCGCCGUGGCAUGUGGCAUUAGCGUAACUGUUUUUAAAUUCUGUCAAAAAACUCAUGAUAUGUCGAAGCUCAAGUUCAUCGACUUCGAAGAAUUACUUGAGUUAGACAUGUCAUUUAUUGUUAAGGAGGUCGACAUAUCUGAGGAUUUGAUCGGCUGUGUGUCUGAAUCAGAAGCCCACAUAUUCCAGGUGACCAUAAACUCCCACCUCUUAAAGGCUAACUCUGAGGAGAAAGACUCGAAGCCUCAGGAGAAGCGCAGUAAGUCUAGAUCAAAGUCUAAGACGCGCUCGGCUUCUCGCUCACCUGGUAGGAGUAUUGACACACUCAGUUCUGCCAGUAGACUACGUGAGCGACGGUUAAACCAGAAAGAGGAGUGUAUGGUGUCUAUCCGUGAUUCCGAUGAUUAUGUGGACUUGGGUGAACUGACGUGGGUUCCAACACUGUCUUAUGGGAGGAAGCGCCCCACAGACGACAGCCGCAUCUUACUGUUUCCAUCCUUAGUCGGAGCUGCGCAGUGUGGACCAGUAGCUGAACCUGGUGAAAUUAUUGGUCCUGUCAGUUCUUCGCGAUGUUCCAGUGUUCGCCUAAAACUCCUGAGCGGAAAUUCAACGCAGAAGAUACCAGCCAAUCUGUUCGAGGCGGUGACGCUCAUUCACCGCCGCGCCGAUCACAACAAUGAUCCUGAUAUCCCAUUCUCUAACCUGAAGUUAAUGGCUGUUUAUGACUCAGAAGCCACAAAGAAAGAGGGCAAUGCUUCCACUUCCAGGAGGUUCUCGCACCCUCUUCUUCCCCUCAGCUCUCCACACAAAGUCGGGGCGUCUAUCUUCCUCACGACCCCUCAUGUUGGUCAGCUGUAUCACGUCACUCUCUUCGAGGACGCUUUUAAGAACAGUGUGGUGCGUGGAGGUGUGUUCUCUUAUACCGCACCCGUGUACUCGGUGGCCCUAGAACCAUCACUCCUUCACGCACUCACCCUCACUGGCCUGGAGACGUACACCCUGAGACCUCACCCACACAUUGUUGUCUCUCAUCUCCCUGAAGAUCUUAAUAUGAUUGUGCCUCCACAUUGGGAAGAGACGGUGUGUUUAGUGGGAUUGCGACCCUUCCUUAAUGUGGAGACUCUCACUCUGACUGACUCCUGUCUCGCCCUCACCGCUGCUAAUAAUGAGGGAGGUGACAAGUCACACACAGUUUACUCUCUACAUCUACCAAGUGCUGCCAGCCUCUACAAGGAGAUGGUUCGUGUGGGUCGUAGCCACAGAUCUGCCUCCCCAUCCACUUACCUACACCUCCUACUAGAAGCUCACCUGGUCCUCACCACAGCUCUUCACCAUGAACUCCCACAAGUUCAGGAGGCUGAGGAGGACCUCUACUCUCUCCUGCAGGACUCUUCAGCAUUGCUUGGAGACUACUAUGCCCAGUGUGAGACUGAGGCAGAGUGGAAACAAGCAACACAGUACUACCAGGUCUCCAGCCUUAGUCCUGAUGCAGUGAUUGAGCGACUGGAUCUUCAGUGUCCUGGCCUUGUAGCUGUGGUCUCUGCCCUGCUGCUUCACCCUAGCACACCUCCUCUGUCAUCUGCACAGGCAAACUGUGUUUUAGAGAUGCUAGAGAAGGUUGCCCCAGAGAAAGUGUCCACUAUCAUUCUCAAGUCCAGCUGCCUCACUGACUAUAAGAAGGAUAAGGUACUUACGAUCAUCAAGCAAGAGUUGUCCAAGACAGCCGAGCCUCGACCAACGGACGUCUUAGCUCUGGCUUUAGUCUUCCUGGAUCGUGGAUCUCCCGAGCAGGUGUCAACUGUUCUGGCCUCCCUCCGGGCAUACCAGCUGGUGGUGGUGCUGCUGCAACACUCACGGCUUCUGCUCACCACAGAGGAGGGGGCCACCAGGCUCUCCCCUCUCACUCAGGUGUUGGCAGAGCACAAGAAGGAGGUGUUCACAGAAGUGUUUGUCUCCCUUAUUGGAGAAGGGAUGCUCUCACUUAAUGCAUUUGUUGAUGCGUUUGUGGCUGUUUAUCCAAUAGUAUCCUGUGGACCAGAGUGCAACACACAUUCCUUAUGGCUGCGAGACUUUCUUGAAAAGUUUUUCUUAGAAUAUGCUCAUAAUUCUGAGAUAACUGACCAGCGAGAGAGAUAUGACCGAGCCAUCACGGUGUUGGUGAGCCUUUAUCUAGCCAGUCUCAUGGGAGCCUUUGGAGAUAAAUCGAAAGAAGAUCCAAACUGGAGUGACCAACGAGCUGCCUUGAAAGAGCUUUAUGCACCACGACCCAUCUUCCUGGGUCUGCUGCCACCGUUUAGUAAUGAUCAAUCACUACAGGAGAGUCAGAGUGGUGCAGCAGAGGACGGAGGAGCAGUAGAGAAAAAGGCAGGAGUUGAGGUUGAGGAAGAGGGGAAAAACCUGUCUUCAUCCUUACUGCAUCUUGUGGUUCUCCAGAGUCUCUUGAGCUCUGACUUGCCAUCAGUUGAAGAUCGUAAUAAUGUCCUCAAGUUUGUAACAUCAAACCCCACUGCCCUGGGUGCUCAGUCCUUGCGGAUUCUGUGCCUGGAUCCCUCACAGCAGCUGGAGUUCAUCUUACAGGAAUUCCCUCAUGCUCUGCUUCAGUAUGGAAAGGAUAUGUAUGAAACAACACUUGAGUGGGAAGAACUGGUGUGUAAGCUAAUAAACCACAAGUCUACCCUCACAGAACCAGACCCGACCUACCAAGUGUAUUCUGAUAUUGUAAAUGAUGUCCUGGGUGAGCUGGUGGUGUCGUCGCCGUUGGAUGUUUUUAUGCGUAUUAUUCCCACCAAUCGGCACGAAGAGUUAAGAGGUCAUAUCCGGCAGUGUCACUCGGCUGCCCUGGCGGUCCAUCUCCGCUCUUCCCUCAUGACGUAUGCUCAAAAUGUCUUGGCACAAAUGACUAAAUAGUAUAUAUAUAUAAAUCCUCCUUUAUCAGCUAGUCAAUAUGUUUUGUUUUAUAAUUUAUUUGUGCCAUCUUAGGUUUUAGAUCUGUAAGUUGUUUUAUAGUUUUAUUCUCUUUGGUUUACAGCUGUAGAAACCUGUUAUGUUCUUUUAUCAGUUUUAUAAAUGGUGUGGGAGCUGGUCUUAGCGUCAAGCACCGAGAGCAGGUUUUAUUUUUUUAACACAGUCUUAGUCUUUCUCCUUGAUACAGCUGUCUAGCUUUUAUCACACCGAGGCUUGUAGUACCCACAAGGUUUAGGAGAAAUUUUAAUCGAAUAUCCUUACUGAUUAUCAAAUUUUAUCUGCUUUCAUUAUUCUCAUAUUAAUAGUCAAUAGCUGAGGUUUACUAGCUCGAUUACGCAUUACAUGGCCGUAGUAUAAUAGAAAUAGCAACCCAGAGAGAAUGAGGCUUGAUUUGACUGCAUCUCUAGUAAAUCCAAUCUUUUUAAUACUCAUAAAGGAUUAUAUUGCAUUUUUAUAUCCGACACACACUAUAGUCAUCAGCAUGUUGUUUAUGUAUCUUCAAGUGGUGGAUGAGCUCAACUUUGUGCUCCAGACUAAGAAAAAGAAGAUGGAACACCAUUUUCUUGCUGAGCGGUUCAUUAAUGUCGUACUCUCAUCGGAAAUAAAGGUGCUUAAUACGUGAAGAUUACCCGAGGUUGUUCCCAAUACUCUGAUAGGUUAAUGGGUUAAUCUAUGGUGGAUACAAAACUGGCCAUUCUAUCACGUGAAGUCCUUGGUCUAUGCCUCUGGGACAUAUUGUUUCACCAUUCUAUCCUGUUGGUGUUAGUGGGUGCUGCAACAACUACACAUGAUGUAGUCAUUGUUUCCUAACAGGACUUCAACUUUCAUAUAGUUACCCUUAAGUUCUUGACAAUGUUUCUCUAUUAUUUUUUGUUAUUAAGUAAUGUUGUUAUUUUUAUGCACAAAAUCGUAUUGUUAUUUUAUGGUACUCUAGCUUAUUAUUUACUUAAACAGUAAAGCCCUACAUAUUGCAUCUUCAUGUGAUGUAAAUUUGCCAAGAUAUGGUACUAUUGUUUACAUUAUCUUACCAGUCCUCAAGAGAUGCAGAUUGACAAACCAGAUUCAAACAAACUGUGGCUAGAAUGUGUUCAAAGGUGCCUUGGGUCGUGGCUUUGACUCACCCAUCAGUAAUUCUUUAAUUUUUAUCAUUCACAUAAAAUUAUUUUUGAAAUGCACUCAAGUAAAAGAUUUCUAGUAAUGUAACAAGUUAGAAGAAAUAAUAAAUUCAACAUUCACCUACUACCUUAACCCCAAUAUUGAAUUUAUAGGUCAAAUGAAAUCAGAGCAAGGAAGUACAGUACAGGCAUCACAGAGAGGAUUAGUCAUAUAUCAGGCCACCUUCCAUUGCUAGGGGAUAGUUUGCUGGUUUAGAAACUGCUGCAACUUUCACAGGGUAAAAUUAAUGGGGGAAACUGUUGCCACAAAUUACCCACAAAAUUUACAAGAACAAUUGAAGAGAAACAUAUACCCCCUUUUUCCUAUUAACCUGACACUUACAAAGGCAGAAGUUCACAAGACUUCUGGUGCUGUACUGUACUAUGUCGGGUUUUACUGUACAGAAAAUGUGAUUUAGUAUCGAUAAACAAGAUGUCUUAAUUGUUGGUGUUAAUGUUUAUAGAAAAGAGGGUUAAUGGAAUAAAAAAAAUCUGUAUUGUAAGAAAUCUAUAAUUUUAUCGCUUCAUCGUCGGCUCCGUUGUAAAAGAUUCCCCGACAGCCGUUACUUUUUAUCAGCUUUAGCAUAAUUUCCUGAUUAUGCUCUCAAGUCAGUAAUUUUAUCCUCUCUUAUCAUUCGUAUCAUCAGAGAAUCUCAGUGUUUGAAUCCCAUUUGUUAGGUAAUAGCUUUCUGAAUAUCACAUCUCAUCCAAGACGUUGAUAUGUUUUAUAGUUUUCAAUCUCGUAUAAAUAAGCUUUCAAUCCUAUAUAAAUUACUUUUCAAUCCUCUAUAAAUAACACUUUUUGAUCUUAUAUAAAUUAAAAGUUUCAAUCCCAUAUACAUUAGCUUUCAAUUCCAUAUAAAUCUUUUAGCAUCAUCACAUUACCCCAGCUUCAUUAAAACACUCACUUAACUGCCUGACUGUUGAAUGAAAAAUGACCGGUACCUUUCAUUAUCAACUGACUGUACGUAGAUGAUUUGUUGGUACCAAUGUUUUGAGGAGAGCAGCUUAUUUGUCAUCAGUAAUUUGUGUACAGUUUGUUCCUUCAUGUUUACCUCAUCGUGUAAUAGUGUGUGUGUGUGUGUGUGUGCGUGUGAGAGAGAGAGAGACAGUAUGGAUGACAGGUUUUGUGUGGAGGAGGUAAGCCAAUCAUCCUCUUAAGCUACAAGAAGCAAUGUUGGUUAUAUUAUCAGGUCAGUACAGUAUUUAGUGUUGGGUUGGUUUUGUCAAAUAUUUGGUCACCUAAACUCUCAAAACAUCAGGCUUAAAGAUAUAUUCAUGAGAAAAUUACAAGUAGGGGAAUUAUUAUAUAAGACUUGAAAGAUAAAUUGUUAAAACCUCAAGUGAAAAUACUCCCAUUCAAGAUAAAAAAAACCUGAAUUUUUUAGACUUAGGACCAGAAUUUUUGGUUAGUUUAGAUCCUGACUCGUAAAUAGGUACUGUAUUGCCCUUUAUAUUGUUAUAUAUCCUAGUCUUGUUUAGUUAGAUAAUUAAUUGAGAAGAUUUUUAUCCAAGACAUAACUUUUAUAUAUGUUAAGAAAACUAUCCAACAGUUUUCAUGUGUUCAUUUGUUUGUAAAUAAUAUAUGAGUAUUAAUUCCAGGUUAAAACUUGAGUGCCAUAAUAGAUAAUGAUUCCUGAAUGAAAGUUUAUAAUUGAAAUAAAUUGUUAGUCACAUUAUAUGCUUUUAACUUAUGAACUCAUAGUUAUCUGCUUUAACUUACAAGAUCUUAAUAUAUUGUACAGUACAGUAUGUGGUUUGUAUGAAGACAUAAACUUUUCACCAUUUGAGUAAGUUAAUGGUAUAAAUAUAUGUGACGUAAUAAAGGUAAAAACACAA